AGCUAUAAAAGGAGGCUUUGGGGAGGAUUCAUUGGCACACCGAAUAUGGCUAAAAUAGUCUCUCUUCUCGCCACUCUUGUAGUGGCUUUACUGUCCCUUAGCUUUCCUUUAGAAUGCAAAGCAAAUUACUACUAUAGUUCUCCUCCUCCACCAACUAAAAAGUACGUGUACUCAUCACCACCACCUCCAGUUUAUAAGUAUAAAUCCCCGCCACCACCUCCUCCGGUAUAUAAAUCCCCACCAUCACCUGUUUACAAAUACAAGUCUCCUCCACCACCUCCUUCGGUUUACAAGUAUAAGUCACCACCACCUCCUCCUCCGGUGUAUAAAUCACCACCACCACCCGUUUAUAAGUCACCCCCACCACCCGUUUACAAAUACAAGUCCCCACCACCACCACCACCAGUCUAUAAAUCCCCACCACCACCUGUUUACAAGUACAAGUCCCCACCACCACCCAUUUACAAGUACAAGUCUCCACCACCACCUCCACCAGUUUAUAAAUCCCCACCACCCCCCGUUUACAAGUACAAGUCUCCACCACCACCUCCACCAAUUUAUAAAUCCCCACCACCACCCGUAUACAAGUCCCCACCACCACCUGUUUACAAGUACAAGUCUCCACCACCACCUCCACUAGUCUAUAAAUCCCCACCGCCAUCUGUUUACAAGUAUAAGUCCCCACCACCACCAGUUUACAAGUACAAGUCUCCACCACCACCUCCACCAGUCUAUAAAUCCCCACCGCCACCUGUUUACAAGUACAAGUCCCCACCACCACCCGUUUACAAGUACAAGUCUCCACCACCACCUCCACCAGUCUAUAAAUCCCCACCGCCACCUGUUUACAAGCACAAGUCCUCACCACCACCCGUUUACAAGUACAAGUCUCCACCACCACCUCCACCAGUUUACAAAUCCCCACCACCACCCGUUUAUAAGUACAAGUCUCCACCACCACCGCCUCCAGUCCACAAAUCUCCACCACCACCCAUUUACAAGUAUAAGUCUCCUCCACCACCACCUCCGGUUUACAAAUACAAGUCACCACCACCACCACCUCCAGUCUACAAAUCUCCACCACCACCAGUUUACAAAUACAAAUCACCACCACCACCUCCUCCGUUCUACAAAUCUCCACCACCACCCGUUUACAAGUAUAAAUCACCACCGCCUCCUCCACCAGUUUAUAAAUCUCCACCACCCCCAGUUUACAAGUCUCCACCACCCCCUUACCACUAUUAUUACACAUCUCCACCUCCUCCUCACUACUAGGAAAUGCGUUUUACACUCUAGAUCAAGGGAAAAGAGGAAGCAGAAGGAAAAGCCUCACGAGCGAAUAAAUGGAGUGUUUUAAAGAAGAAGAGAAGUUAAAGCCACAAAAGGAGAAUAUGUCCUUUUGUUUUGUGUUUUUUUCCCAUUGACUUCACGUUAGUUGUAUAUCUCGUGAAGUUUUCGAACUAUAUAUGUUUUGAAAGUAUUAUAUUUAUUUACGUACCAAGCCGUACAUGUUUAUGUGCUUUUGAGUUUUGACUUCAUGUUGGCUUAUAUCAAGGUUCUCUGUAAUAAGAUCAAUAAGUUCAUUGAAUAAUAUUGUAGUUCCGUUUCCAAGAGAUA